UUGUAUUUUUAACAUCCUAAAAACAAUUUCCUUUAUAUAUUUUUUGAUGAAUAUUUUAUAAUUCGUUAUUUAUAUAUUCCUGGAUAUUCUCGUGUCGCAUACUGCACCCGAGUAUAUACAUGUUCAGUUUGUCAUUAGCUACAAAGCUUUAACUCUCGUGGGGAAAAUUGGGGAUAUACCAGAGGUCAUAUCGGUAUUUCAGUUUUUGUUUAGAGAGAGAGAUAUAGUGUGUCACCCACUACGUUCCAUUCAUUUUCAUUCCAGAUUUAAAAAGUUACUCAAAUUCUUCCUAAAAUUUCAAAACAUAUAUCGAUAGCGGUACUAGGAGAGAUAUACUUAGCAAUACAUGCAUCCAUUGUGAAUCCAGCACACGUAAUGUUCAGGUGUUAGAAGAUGUGUUAUCUCAAUCUGUUACUUGUGAACAUCAUUUUACAUGCAUUUGUACUUAUUACAUAUGUCACGAACAAUUAACACUCUGCGUCGAACAGUGCUAUAUCCAUGUACAAGUUCUUGCCAUUUACCUACAAGAUGUGUGCGGGGCUUUCCUGAACAAAUGUCGCUAACACGACUUUCAUUUACGCCCUCACGUUGUUUCUGUUCUUUAAUCAAACGUUGCAGAUUUAAAAAAAAAAAAAAAAAAAAAAAAACCAACCCGCUCAAUCUGUUCGUUUUGCCAUUGAUUCCAAACAGAACAGCUGUACAACGUCUAAUUUUGACCAGAAACGGUAGUUACACACAUCGAACAACACGUGUACAUACAUACUGAUGUUCAAUCAUCUUGCAAAUAACCACAAAGGAAAUUAAGUGUAAUGACAUUAGAUUAUAUUAUAGAAACCUUUAACCAGACAUAAUUUUGACCGUUUGACCUUCAAUGUUACUGAUAAAAAUAAAUAUUUUUAUCAGCAAUCGCUACCGAUACACGCGCAAUUCUGCUACACAGGAGCUUCCUAUAUGAUAUUUGUGUUUAUGUUUGGCACGCAUCCGACGUCUGCUCGCAGGAGCAAGAUCAGAAACUGAAUGGAACGAGAUGGCAUCAGAUAGGGCCGCUUAACUACUUAUGUUUUUUGGCAAUCAAACUCAUACUAUAAUUUCCUCACAACAAACUUUUACAUGCGCAUGAGCAAAUUUUGUCUUGUGUAUUUUUGUGCUUAUGGUCCUGAGGGAAACAAAGAGGGAAGAGGGUAAGUGAAAAGUACAAUGGUGGAAUAGCCAUGAGAGAGGAGUAGAUACUGCGAAUGGGAACGAAGUCAUCAGGAAAUUUGUGCAAGACUCCUCUCCCAGAAGUAGACCAAGGAACGAUCGACUAUUGUCCAUUCUCGAAUGAAAGAUCGAGACAUUUUAUAUGAAUAUAAUGCCCAACAAGAUCAUUAUGGAAGAUGACUAUUUUCUGCUGGAGUCCGUUAAAUCCGGUAAAGAAAAACAGGUUCGGUCCAUUUUAUCCAGUGGGAAUUAUAGGAAUGAGGCCUUCGUUGAUGGGUUUGGCCGUACGGCGCUCCACUGGGCAGCCGAGUACGGCUACACAAAUAUUGUGUACUUACUGGUGGAAAACAAGUGGGAUUAUAACGCCACAGACAACAAAUCACAGUCCCCGUUACACAUAGCUUGUAACCACUACGGCAGUGACAUUGCGUCAUACCUGAUCACGUGUGGAUGUGACGUCAACGUUUUGGACAAUGUCGGAAACAGCCCAUUACAAAGGGCAAUUCACACAAAUUUGGAAGACGUCGUUUAUCUUAUAUGUGAACGUGGGGCUAAUAUAAACUCCAAAACCAAAAAUGACUGGACAGCUCUUCAUGAAGCAAUACGGGUUGGAAAUGAGAAUAUCGUGCGUCGAUUGAUCAAAGGUGGCGCUGAUGUCAACGCCGUCACCCAGUACAAAGCAACACCGUUUUCUACAGCGAUUUUCUACUACCGUAUAUCUCAGAGACAUGCAUACAGCUGUCUGGACUCCAUUGCUAAAAUGUUGGUGGACAACGGUAGUCGACUAAGCCAAUGUGACGGUCAGUGGUCUCCGUUAAUGUCUUCUAUAUCUCUUGGAAACAGUUACAUCGCGGGAUUACUGUUAUAUAAUGGCUGCCAGAUUCCUGACCAGGAUCAGUACGGACGAUCUCCCCUCGUCGACGCUUUCACAAGGUGUGACCCAACUGUUGUUAAGUUGAUGGUCUUAUGUGGGUACCAGUUAACCAUUGAUGAAGUGGAACAGUGCAAUAGACGUAUUCCUACAUUCUCGAGGUCUUUCAGACGUUUAGCUUUCUCAGGGAUAGAUACCUCAACAAAUGGCGUCCAGAUGAUGACAUGGCUAAGGAACCGUGCCCACAACCCAACCCCACUUUCAGAUAUCUGUAGAUUCAGUAUUCGACAAUCGCUCAACAAAGGUUCAAGAGACAGCUCGAUUUUAAAGAAUAUCAGAAAGCUUAUCCUUCCAACUUGUUUGAAAGAGUAUAUUGCCUUAGAUGAAUUCAGUCAUGUCUGUUAAAUGUUUGAUAGGACCAAGUGGAGUGAACGUGACGCGGACUGUAAGGAAACCAUGUACGUUUUAGUACAUGAGUGUGUAUACAAUGGUGCUGCUUACAGGUCAGUGUAACGAAUAUUUACAGGCAUCGUGCGAGUUUUGUGUUGAUGUUCAGUAUAUGUGUAUUUAGUUGUAAGUUUGCUCACCAUUUCGUGUUCCACUCAGAUUUUACAAUCUCUAAAAUAAGGGAUCUCAUCGCAACUCAUGGAAAUCCAGCGUUCAAUCAAACUUUCAAGACUUACACCCGUUGUACGUGGUGUCGAUGUCCAUGCUUUUAUAGAUUAGCAGCAUUUAUUUAUUUAGUCAUUUAUUUUUCAGAAUAAAGUGAAGGAAAGUUA